CCAGACCGCGACCAUACGGAGGUGCAGCCAGUGCGCGCGGCCGCUGCGCGCGUGGAGUUUCACGCGCGCUCUCAGCUCGUGCACUGGCGGCUGCUGCAUACUAUCAUCGAUACGUUGAUCCAUGCGAGCGAUCCAGAGAACGCUGCGACCCGGGUUGAAAUGAACAGGCUCCUUGCGAUCGUGCAGAACAGCAGCGUCUCCCCCACGACCGACAUCGACAGCACGCUCGAAUCAGCCAUGGGCAAGCGCUCCGACUGGAUACUCGCUGCUGAGCCGUAUGCGCACGCGGAUGCUGUGCGGAGCAUGAUGGACGAGCACUAUCCCUACUUCCAGCGCGAACCCAGUGAUCUUAGGAAUAAGCGUGGCAGGCUAGAGCUGGUAGACGAUGGAGACUUGCUCCUGCUUUUGGACGAGUACACGAGUGCUGAGGGCCCGCUUCGGCAGCGUUAUCGUACUCAGGAAACCUUACGAGACGAGUCAACGACUUGAUUUCGAUGGAGUCAGUGAUAGCAUCGGAAAGCACGGCUCGGUGCACAAAACCUGAUCCAUCGAAGGCUCAUAUGGUCGAAGCUUGGGGAAUCAGUCC